AGCCGAUAAAUUUGUCGACACUCCGUCACAAAUAUUUCUGAGCUGCGUUUCACGUUCUUGCGAAGAUAACAGUUUGUACAAGGAGAAGGUUGUAAUUGUUUAGAUAAGCCACUAUGCAGUAUCUCUUGCAUCAGUAUAUAAGAAAUGAAGAAAUUUACAACUGACGGCUGAUUAGCUGUAUUUAUGCGAACAGGGUUGCGAAAAACUAUGGGGAGGACGUUUCGUAGACAACAUCGAUUCAAGAUUUCAUGAUUUCAAUGCAUCAAUUGGUAUUGAUAAACGAAUGUAUGCAGAGGAUAUAGAGGGUAGUAUAGCAUAUGCAAAAGCAAUAAGAUCAGCCAAUCUUCUCUCACACGAAGAACUGCAAGUCAUAGUGAGUGGUCUUGAACAGGUGAAAGCUGAAUGGGAAAAGGGUCAAUUCACCAUACAUGUUGAAGACGAGGACAUCCACGCUGCUAACGAGCGUCGACUUUCGGAAUUAAUUGGACAUGUCGCAAAGAAAUUACAUACUGGCAGGAGUCGAAACGAUCAAACGAUAACGGACAUGAAAUUAUGGCUUCGGAGAUCCAUAGACGUUAUUUUGAAGAAAAUAACGAAACUUGUUCAGGUUCUCGUCGAUCGAGCCGAGAAUGACAUCGAAAUUAUUAUUCCUGGAUACACGCACUUACAACGUGCCCAGCCAGUAAAAUGGAGUCAAUGGUUGCUUAGUUACGCGUGGUACGCGAAAACGGAUGUGGAGAGAUUGCAAGAGCUACGAAGAAGAGUAAAUGUAUUGCCUCUAGGCAGUGGCGCCAUAGCGGGGAAUCCUUUCCAAAUUGAUCGACGUUCCUUGGCCAGCGAACUGAAUUUUUCUGAAAUAACAGAAAAUAGCAUGUACGCUGUGGGUGACAGAGAUUUUGUUGCCGAGUUUCUCUUUUGGUCCUCAUUAACGGCGAUCCAUCUGAGCCGUCUUUGCGAGGAUCUGAUCAUUUAUAGCAGCAAGGAAUUCGAUUUCGUGAGAUUAGCCGAUCGAUUUUCAACGGGCAGUAGUUUGAUGCCUCAGAAACGUAAUCCUGAUUGCAUGGAGUUGAUUCGAGGAAAAACUGGCACUCUCCUCGGGAAAUGCAUGGGUUUCAUGGCUACUUUGAAAGGAAUUCCGUCCACCUACAACAAGGAUCUUCAGGAAGAUAAAGAAGCUUUGUUCUCCUCGGUCGAUGUUUUAAAUUGUAUGUUUGUUGUUAUCACGGGAGCGUUAGAAACGCUUAAGGUGAAUAACAGGAAGUGUGCGGAGGCUCUAUCAUCUGAUAUGUUGGCAACGGAUAUAGCAUAUUAUCUCGUACGGAAAGGGAUUCCAUUUAGAGAAGCUCAUCACUCGAUUGGAAAGGUCGUUGCUCUGUCAGAAUCAUUAGGAGUAUCUCUUUGCGAAUUGACUCUUGAACAGUUACAAACUGUAAGCGAGACGUUCGAAGAAGACGUGAUGCAACUUUGGAAUAUCUGCAACAGCGUUGAACAGUACAACGUAACAGGUGGGACCAGCACAUCAGCGAUAGCUGGACAAAUCAGCAAUCUUCGAGCUUGGUUACAGCAAGUUAAUCCCGUCUGAGGAACAAAAAUAAAACGCGGGAAAUCUGUC